CACCCCGCUCCAAGGCUUCGACCGCCUGCGCGACGCCGGCUUCUCCGAGGAGGACAUCGAGCAGCUGCGAACCGAGUUUCGCGAGACGCGCGGUGCGGCGGCGGCAGCGGCGGCGGCCGAGCCGGGCGACGACGACGAGCAUCAGCGCGCGCUCGAGGACCAGUGGUUGAGCGGCAUGACGGGGAGCGAGGAGGCGGCGGGGGCAGAGGCCUCGACGGCGGGCAACUACUACUCGCUCCUCAAGGGCAUCUCGAUCGGGUUCUUCGCGCCGUUCCUCCCGCUCUUCUUCUUCCGCACCCAGCUCUUCACGAAACGGACGCAAAUCGCCAUCGUCCUCGGGGUCAUCAUCAACCUGGGCUUCGGCUUCCUCCGCAUGAUCGGCUAGGCCCUCGAGCCAUCGCUCGUAGCCCCCUCCCGCCCCUGAGCAGUCACCGCUCCUCGACCUCGUCGGCCCUGUAUCGCAGCCGCAUCUCUCUCGAU